CCGAGACCGGCGACGUGAUCGUUUACGUUAAAAAGACCAAGUCACCGUAACUGUAAGCAACAAAUCAAACCCGAUGCGUUAAGUUCGUCUUCGAGUGCGUCGCGAACGUGUUUUUCAGAAUGCGUUGAGAAAUCCUCGGCGAAGAGGCACAGCGGCGUUAGUUUCUCCCCCCGUACACAAAAUGACGAGAAAUUUUAUCCUCGUCUGGUGCAUCUCGUACUUAUAUUUCAAAACGGACGCCGGUAAACCGUCGCGAUACCUCGAAGAGUUGCUUGACGAUGGCCGGUGCAACUUCGACGCUUCUCUAACUUACAACGUGACGGAUCUGUUACGGUGUAUGAGCGUGUUCAUGAUCGGUCUUUCGGCUGAAGAUAACGUUCGGACGCUAAGACAGCCGAGCGAAUCGAAUCCGUUGGCUUACAGAGAAAAUCCGUACGAGUUGUCUCUCGGGAACGUAGUCUCGAAUUUGUUUAGCAACGGAAUUCCGUCGAUUAACGACUACUUUCCGUUAGAUCCCGCCGCCGGUCAAUAUCAAUUAGACCGGCCGGUUGCACCGGCCGAUCCGCUCGGUCAAUUCGGCGGGCUCGGGGCGAAUCUCUACGACGCCCUAUCGUCGAUCUCUCGCUACGAUGAUUCCAAGUGCGUGUCCAGAAUACUCUGCGAAAUGGCGAGCGGCCGGCCACCCGGAGAAUACAAGCAAGCGUCGUCGUCGUCCUCGUCGUCAUAUCUGGGCGAUCUCGGAAGAAACGCUCUCUCUCAAUGGCUCGUCGGCUUGGACGUGGCGGGGACGUCUCCGAUGUUGAAUUUCGCGCGAGCCGCCGCGCUGGGUUACAGCAGCUGGGGCGAUCCGGCCGCGUGUUACCGCGCUUUCCCGAGGUGUCCGCGUAAUCCCGACAAACUGCUGCAUUAUCUGAACAAUCACAACGGCGGAUUCUUCCGGUUCUUCGGCGGAUACGGUCGCGGCGGUAACCCACAGCAGUCUUACGCGUCGCAAGGCAAUUCGAAAUUCCUCCGAGGGAGGAAACGGAAAGCCCUGCCUCCGGGCUACGCCGGCGCGGUGGCUGAUCGCACCGGAACGGGCGAGCUGAAGUUCGACGUCCCCGUUUUGAGCGCUCAGCGAGAUUACGGAAAAAGCUCCUUCCAGAAAGAAAAUAUAUCGGAGAGCUCGAGGCGGGUAGUGUUCCCGGUUCACGAGGAGCCGAGCGAGGAUCGCCCAUCGGGAGACAGGAUCCCUAAAUCCUCAUCGGGAUACGAGAGCACCGACGCGAAUGCGUCCUCGCGAAACAACCCGCCGUUCUUCUUCCCGCAGGACUCAGAAGAUCCAGACAUCCGUGUGUCACGUUUCGCUCCUUAUCUGUCGGACUCGGAAUCUCGUACCGAAUUCCACUUUCCACGUUGACGAUCGAUCUUACUCUGCGGAUGGAACACACUCGAUGUUUCACGGUAUUGAUGAUGUUAAUCCGAGUUCUCGCACAGGAAGUGGCUUGUUACAUUUUAUUUAUUAAAGUGAUCGAUCUCGCGCGAGGUCUAC